GGGCGAGCAGCCCCGGCGCACAGCCGCGGCCCCGGGCGCGCGGCGCGGGGCGGAAAAGCCUGUUUACACAGACUGCACACCGCCUGGGGAAUAAUGCAGUAAAGGAAGUGAGCAGGCUCGGCCUGACUGCUCCAACUUCCUGCUCUCACACACACAGCGGAGGAAAAAAAAAAAAAAAAAAAAAGAGGAGCGAGAGAAAGAAAAAAAGGGGGAAAAAUCAGGAUCUCAUUACAAGAGCAACAGACCGUCUGCAGACGCCUGUCAGCAUGGAAAGUCGGGGGCUUUCGCCCGGGUCCUCCUAGAAACCUCCCCAAGAAGACUCCCAAACGCUCCCCCACAUCUGGGUAAUGGAGAGUGCAAUCACGUUGUGGCAGUUCCUGUUGCACCUGCUGCUGGACCAGAAACAUGAACACCUCAUCUGCUGGACGUCUAACGACGGCGAGUUCAAGCUCCUCAAGGCGGAGGAAGUGGCCAAGCUGUGGGGUCUCCGCAAGAAUAAGACAAACAUGAACUACGACAAGCUGAGCAGAGCCCUGAGAUACUAUUACGACAAGAACAUCAUCAAGAAAGUGAUCGGGCAGAAGUUUGUGUACAAGUUCGUCUCUUUCCCGGAUAUCCUAAAAAUGGAUCCUCACGCGGUGGAGAUCAGCCGGGAGAGCCUCCUGCUGCAGGACAGCGACUGUAAGGUGUCCCCCGAAGGCCGAGAGGCCCACAAGCAUGGCUUGUCCGCCCUCAAAAGCACAAGCCGAAACGAAUACAUCCACUCCGGCCUGUACUCCUCCUUCACCAUCAAUUCCCUGCAGAACCCUCCUGAGGCCUUCAAGGCCAUCAAGACGGAGAAGCUGGAGGAGGAGCCGUGUGACGACAGCCCCCCUGUGGAAGAAGUCAGGACUGUGAUCAGGUUUGUGACCAAUAAAACCGACAAGCACAUCACCAGACCUGUGGUGUCCCUGCCUUCCACAUCCGAGGCCGCGGCAGCGUCCGCUUUCCUGGCUUCGUCUGUCUCGGCCAAGAUCUCCUCUUUAAUGUUGCCAAAUGCUGCCAGCGUCUCGUCUGCGUCACCCUCCUCAUCGCGGUCCCCAUCCCUGUCCCCCAACUCUCCCCUCCCUUCCGAACACAGAAGCCUCUUCCUCGAGGCAGCCUGCCAUGACUCGGAUUCUCUGGAACCCCUGAAUCUGUCAUCGGGCUCCAAAACCAAGUCUCCGUCUCUUCCCCCAAAAGGCAAAAAACCCAAAGGCUUGGAAAUCUCUGCACCUCAGUUGUUGCUCUCCGGCUCCGACAUCGGCUCCAUCGCCCUCAACAGCCCAGCCCUCCCCUCAGGAUCCCUCACUCCAGCCUUUUUCACGGCACAGGUAAACACUCUUCCCAGGGUCCUCGUGGGGAGAGGGAGGAGCCACCCCCAUAGUCCUCAAGAGUUCUCCCUUGGCCAGUGUCCCAGAGUCACUGUGUAUACUGAGAGGCGCCCCCCCCCCCAGGAAAGGCUCGGUAUCCUGGCAACAGGGGGACAUUUGCGCUUUGUGACUCAGAGUAACCUCAGAGGGAUCAUGCACAUAGGCGAUGAGGGUGGGGAGAUCUCUGGGGACAUUUGCACUUUUGGGGGGGCAUUUUAGGCCUUGGGAAGUUUU